GGGCCCGGGGGCGAUGGGGGUUCGCUGAGGGCUCGUAGGGCUGCCGGCGCCAUGUCGUCGUCGGGGAACGUGGCGGACGAGCUGAAGCAGCAGGUGAUGAUCAACCAGUUCGUGGUGGCGGCCGGCUGCGCGGCGGACCAAGCGCAGCAGCUCCUGCAGGCGGCCCACUGGCAGUACGAGACAGCCCUCAGUGCAUUUUUCCAAGAAUCCAGCAUCCCGUACAGCCACCCCCAUCAUCAGAUGAUGUGCACACCUGCCAACACCCCAGCCACGCCACCCAACUUCCCCGACGCCCUGACCAUGUUCUCCCGCCUCAAGGCCUCGGAGAGUUUUGGCAGCAGCCCUGCAGCAUCCAUGGCCACCUCCCCUCCUCCUCCACCUCCACCGCUCCCUCAGCCCGGAGGCUUCUUCGGCUCAGCCUGGCCGGCCGGCUCCCCUCCUGGCCUACCAAGCGCUUGGACUCCCACUCCUCCAUCGCAGCCCACGGGCUGGCCCGGCAGCGUCUCCCAGCAAGCCAGCUCCAAGCCAAAGGCCAGUGCGACCCUGGAGGCCGAGAGAUGAGGCCCCAGAAGACGGCCGUGGGUGCCCCUUUGGGUGGGGAUGGUGGACCCCCUUCACUGCCUGAGACUCCAAACUGCAGCAGGACAGGCAAGGCAGUUGCCUGGUGUGGCUUUGCCUGGUCUUAGGAGCGGAAGAUGCUCUUUCUGGGCACAGGAGAGAGGCUGGUGUAGGGCUGCCGUUGUAUCUUUGCCCCCACACUCUGGGCAAAGACCUUCACGCACCUUUCUUUUGCAGGGGGGGUCUUUUACUUUCCAGCUCCAGGGGCCUUGUGCGGGAGGAGACCCUGGGGAGUAGAAGACGGGAGGGAGAGGCCCCCGCCUGACUCUGAAGGACAGCAAAGGCCUGGCGCCUUCCUUGGUAACAGCCAUCCAUGGACCAAGUUGCAUGCUGAUUUAAAUGUCCCCCCCAGAAACAGUGUGGGGGUUUUAAAAGAAAACAGAACAUCCUCUCCUUUUUUUUUUGGUUAAUAAUCUGUGCAUUUCUUUCUGUGGAUUAAAUUUUUUUCCUGACA